AAUAAUCAAGUAAACUAGCUAAACUCAAUUGUCACUCGAUGGGCACUGAAUGCUCAGAAAAUUCCGAAGUGCAAAACUCUAAACAGACUGGACUAAUUACAAUAACGGUGUUAGUUGCACGCUUCGAUUUUAAUUAUUCAAAAAAUAGAAGUUUGACUGGUAGUUACUGUGAACUUGAGAUGCAGAUUCAGGAUAUACGUGUCCU